UUCUAUGCUUGCCCAGCCCCUCAUGCAGAUUCCUCCAACCCUCCAAGGGAUUUCCCCGUUGACUGCUCAAUCGCCUGGAGGCCUAGCAGGGCUUACCUCCCUUGGAGGCUUAAAUGGUCAACUACAAGCAAUACAACAACUCCAAGCAUUACAAACCCUUGGUGGGCUAGGAAUUGGAUUGAAUGGAUUAAACGGCUUGGGAAUUCCAACAAAUGGUGCAACUUUUAUCCCUUUGGGGCAAGUUUUGAUCCCAACUGGAAAAGAAGUGAGUGCAAAAGACAUUUGUCGGAGUAAAGGAAAUGAUGGUGGACGGAACGAUGACAACAUGCAAAUGCAAAAUUCUAACAACGGCGGAGGAUUUUGUCCUCCUUGCGGUAAUUUUGGCUGUUGUCCUUCUGGGCAAUAUUGCGAACCCUGUUCACAGCCUUGCCAACAAGAAAAUAACAAUUUCGACCAAAACCAACAACAGCAACAAUUUAUGAUGGGAAAUAACGGAUAUAAUGAAGGGGGUCAGCAACGAAAGAGAAGGAGAGCCCGACGUAAAGUUAACAUUUUAACAAUGAGGAAAGGUUUUAAUAAUACACCUCAGACAGACCGAGAAUUGACUUUAUUUAAUUAUAUAAAUUUUUAAUUUAUUAUUUAUUCAAGUCAAAUUUUAAUAAAAAAAUUUUUUUAAUGAAUAGGAAGAGAAAAGAGGUUAGCACGAUUCGAGAAAUUUUAAAAAGGAUUUUUCGUGGUUUUGGCGACAUAAGUAAAUGCUUUAUAUCCAUAGGAUUGUGUUUAAGAGUAGGUCAGACCUCAAUAUACCCUCGG